GGCAGAUAGCAUGACGUCACGACAGGUCUCCUCGCCCCGCACGGCCGAGCGAGAGAGAGAGAGAGAGGGAGCGAGCGAGGGAUUUCAAUGCGCACGCCACCUAUCCUCCCGUGUCCUCCACCUUUCCGUGUCCUCCAGUCCUCCGGUCCUCCACCUGCCUCCAAUCGCUCAGUUCGGCAUGUGACACCGCGGCUCGUGCGACCAUGCGGGUGUUCGCUCUCUUGUGCCUCGCCCUGGCGGCGGCGGAAGCGGGCCUUCCCAUGGAGAGUCGCUGCGGCGACACCCUCUGCGACAAAGUGCAGUACUGCUCGGACUUCGACCGGCAGUGCAGGAACUGCUCGGACGUCUGCCUCGAGUCCUCGCACAACUACGAGCAGCGGACGUGCGAGUCCAAGUGCCAGUACUACAUCCACGACGUUCGGUACAUGAACCUUCGAUCCACCGAAAACAGGAGCCUGGCAGGUGCCCCUCAUUGCCCCUCGUCGCCCCUCGCCUGGGGGCUGCUCGCCUCGAGCGUUCCCUUCCUCGUUCUCGGUUCGGACCAGACGACCUUCGCGAGGGAUUCCGGCCUCUCGGAGAAGGUAAACAGCAUUUGCACGGAAUUUCCAGGAAUCGCGUCCGCUCGGAUGGCCACUUCUGUGCCGACGAGAAUGGGAAAAGCCGGGACGAAUCGACUCCCGCUUCCUGGGAAACGGGAAUCUCCGGAGAUUCCGGAAUCCCUCCGAGGACUUCCUCCCCCGAGAUCCUCCGGACCCCCGACUUCCUCCGGCACGGAAGGACCAUCCCCGUUUAUCCCCGCUUAUCCCCGCUUCCGCAUCCGGCCGACAGACCAAACCGCCCACGCAACCGACCCCCGUCGACGUACCGAUAAGUACCGAGUUCACAUUCCACCUCCUCCUUAUCGCAAUCACCCGGACUUGGCGCAGAAGGUGGACCUGAUCGUGGCGCUUCUGGUGGUGGUGGCCGUCCUGCAGACGAUCAUGAUCCUCGCGGGUUUCGCGUACGUGCUGAAGGCGAGGGUCCCGCGCUGGAAGACGAAGCUGCUUCACAGCAUCGUGAAGGGGAAGACGGUGAAGGUGAGGGCGAGGAACGGUGAGAAGGUCGAGAGGGAUCGCUCGAGGAACGGGAAUUCGGCGUCUCGGUGCCCGGAGCCCUAGAUGCCAUUCGUAGAUGCCAUUCGAAUCCGGUUUUCCUUCUGCGCGUCACGACGAGGAUGCUCUCGAUCUCUUCCGGUCGUGAGAAUCGAGGUUAGGUUAUAGAAUCGAAUGACCGGCGUGGAUCCUCGGUUCCUCGAAGUCACUCGCGAGAGCCACGCCGAAUUCCCCCUCGAGCGACAGACCUCUCCUCGAACGAAUAGCCGAGACUGAACGAACGACCUCUCUAGGAACACGGCGGAAGCAACGGAUACUUCGGUAACGUCUCGAUGAAGCGCGUGGCAUCGAUGGAAGACCCGAGCGGACUGAGCAUCGUGAACGUCCGGGCCCGGGAGGCAGAGGCGACUCGUCGCUACCCGUGCGAGGAGGCCUGCCCGGCCGGCUGCUACGACAACGCGGGGAUGUCCCAGGUCUCCCCGUCCUUCUCGGGCUCGUCCAACCGCUGGGCCCAGCAGUCCUACGCGAGGACCACCACGACCUCCCUCAACACCUUCCCCGGGUCGUGAACUCCCUCGGUCCGCCCUUCGCGGCCUCGCGAUCCGCUGGAUUCUUUCGACGUCGGCGGCGCUCGUCCCCGCCGUCCGGGUUUUUUUCGCGUGCUGUGAUGACGUUUUCGUCCCCAUCGACAAUCAGUGGGAAAUUUUGAUAUUUUUCUUGGAGGCUUUUACGAGCGGUUCGAGACGGAGAGACAUUUUUAUCGAUUAUCGUUGGUAGUCCCGAGAUUAUUCCUGGUUGUGAACCUGUCGUUCAAAGACGUUAAGUAGCUCAGGGUGGCUCAAGUUGUUUUCGAAUUUCGAUCCCGAUCGAAUUCGUGUCUGCUCGAUGCACUGCGUCCUAUUGUGAUCCAUUUGGGAGUGCUUCUCCCGAUGAGGGGGAUUUUUUUGUCUGUCCCGAAUUUUAUGACGAUUUGCGUGUUUCCGUCCUUUCGUGUCUUUCGCAGAUGUUGCAAUAGAUUGUCGAUUCGCAGUUCCUACGUGAAGACGGAAUAAAAUGUGAUUUUGUGAGAACUCAAA